CCACAAUUCUAAAAACCAACUCAUUCACUUAACAAACAACUCAACUUCUUAAAAAAAAAAAAAAGAGACACACCCCCUUUUCAUUUCUAAGAGUUUGAACAAUCUUUGACUCUAAAAUAUGAAGAUGGGUACAAUUGGAGGCUCAAAAAGAUCAAGACUAUCAUCAUCAUCAAGUAGAGGACUUGGUGGAGUCCUUAAGGAACAAAGGGCUAGGCUAUACAUUAUUAGAAGGUGUGUGGUCAUGCUUCUAUGUUGGCAUGAGUAGCUAUAAGUAGUUUAGUUUAGUUGAGGUUUUUAAGACUUAGAAGUCCAAACUUUGUUCCAUGAGAAUAGAAACAAGAUUUGGUUCUUUCUCUUUUUUGUAAUUUUCUUAAUUUUAGCCUUCUUCCUUUGAUUCA